UGACCUUCCCCAACAAUUUCGGAACAUAACUUGAAUAAAUCUUCAUUCACAGAAAUCGCCUUAAAGUGUGACGCUGUGGUUUGAAUUUGCUAAUCAACAGUGCUAAUUGCAACCCGUAUCUCACUAUGUCGAACAUUCAAUACAAUGAAACUCAUCGGACAUAUAAAAUAAGUUUGACUUAUUUCGAAGGUAUCAGAGUGCUAUCAUCUCCUGAGGAGUGCAACCAAAGUGAAUUGUGCUGAAUCUCAAUCGUAGAAGCUAGUUAAUUCUCACCUAAAGCAAUGAAGCUCUUCAUCGGAACUAUCGCCCUACUGGUAGCCCUUGUCCACGCUGCACCUCAAGGCCAGAAAGAUGGCUCAGCUCAAAUUGUGAGUCAAACUGCGGAUCUUCAACCAGACGGAACGUUCAACUACGCUUUUGAAACCGAUAAUGGCAUUAAGGCGGAAGAUAAAGGAACCAUCAAGCAGGUGAAAGUUCCCAAAUUCGAUGAAACGGGGAAACCGAUCGGUGAAGAUCAAGUUUCUGUGUCGGUGCAAACGGGAUCGUUCUCCUAUACGGCUCCCGAUGGUCAGAUAAUUACACUCACGUACGUUGCUGAUGAGAACGGUUUCCAGCCUCAAGGUGCUCAUCUGCCAGUAGGACCAUCUGUUUAGUGGGCGGCGGUUAAUCGAGCUGCUUUUCUUGCCAAAAACAUACUGUUAGGGCUUAGAAUACUAUAAUACUCAAAAUAUAAGAUAGGAGUCUGUGAAUAAAACGAAACCUAAACAUUA